AUGGGGUCUUACUCGGCACCUGUUAACGCAGCUGCAGUUCUGCGCCAUCGUCUUGCCAAUGAAGCAGACAUUAUUGUCUGCCCGGGGGUAUACGACGGCCUCACUGCCAGAAUUGCUCUUCAUGCAGGUUUCGAUGCUUUGUAUAUGACUGGGUCUGGGACCGCCCUUUCGAGGCUGGGUGCACCUGAUAUUGGACUCGCUACACUUAACGACAUGAGAGAGAACGCAUCUCUCAUCGCGAGCUUGGAUCCUUCGGUACCUCUUAUCGCAGAUGCGGACACAGGAUAUGGAGGUCCACUCAUGGUCGGCCGCACUGUUGCUCAGUAUAUACAGGCUGGAGUAGCGGGACUUCAUUUGGAAGACCAGGUUGCAAACAAGAGAUGUGGCCAUCUCCGCAACAAAGAGUUAGCCCCUGAGCAAGAGUAUGUCUCCCGCAUUCGGGCAGCAGUGAACAUGCGCGCACAGCUAGGCAGUGAUAUUGUGAUCAUUGCCCGCACAGAUGCCCUACAGUCAUUGGGAUUUGAGGCGGCUUUGGACAGAUUGAAGAAGGCCAUUGCUGUAGGAGCGGAUUUGGCAUUCCUGGAAGGAAUCAAGACCAAAGAAGAAGCCGAAAGAGUGUGUCGGGAGCUCCAUCCAGUCCCCGUUUUGUACAACAUGGUGCAAGGAGGUGUGUCACCGCGCUUAACGGUGGCAGAAGCAAAAGCAAUUGGCUUCCGUGUUAUAAUAUACCCCUCCAUUGCGACGCGUGCAGCCUUUUUAGCAAUCACAGAAUCCAUGACUAUGCUGAAGGCCCAAGGAGACUAUCUCGAUGAAACUGGAAAGAUUGGGCCAACGGCUGUCUACAAUGUGUGUGGAUUGAAAGCAGCCAUGGAUUUCGAUAAAGCAGCUGGGAGCAACACGUACGAUGAUGGAGUAUGA